CAAAUUAGCUCCCUUGUUCUGAAGGUCAUCACCAUCGCCGACAUGGCGGACAAACCAGUCGACCCAGUGCCUGAAAAGGCAUGGCAAAAAGAUUUACGCCUCAAAAGACAAAAUUUCUACAAGGGCAGCCAGUAUCCGCCAUUCGCCAUCGAGCCUUUGCCAUACGACCGUCAAAGGUUGGGCGGAGAUGGCAUGUCUCAAUCUGAUCGUGCGCUCAGGCGUCAGUGGGUGAAAGACCAAGAGCUUUCUCCCCGUGAACCAAGAAUAAUCGAGGAAAUUAAACCGAAGAAUGUUUUCAAGAGAAUGUAUAACGCACCAUGGAAUACGAUCUUCGGUGCUUUAAAGCCAAUAAUGGGUGAAUUUCCUGCAACAGUGGCAAGACUGGUUGUUCCUCGGACCUUGAUCUUCUACAGCAUCAUACUGGUUUCUUACUAUCAACUGAAGUACCAUCCAAAUGAUUGGACAAGAGUGAAUGGUUUCCACAUCUACACCAACAAACCUGCAGUCUUUGGUGACCAACCUCCUCCACCUGAGAAGAACUCCCCUAGUGAUUUCUGUGAGCGAGGAUUCAAAUCCAGGAAUGUUCUUUUGGAUGGGAAGACAAGUCGUGUUGCAUGAAGUAUAGAUUUAAAAGACUCAUGUAGAAAUUAUUGUGUGUCUGUUAAUAGUGUCAGUGUUUAGUGGCAGGUUAUCAUUUGAAUUUAACUUCGGGUGAUGCCGGAGAAUUUCGACCUGAUGAAGACUGACCUCACAAUACAUGACUGUAUAUACAUGGAAUAAAUGUUGCCACAGACA